CGACCAAAACCACCAUAAGGACACAACAAAAACCAUUUCGUCUACUUAAGUGCCCCCCAACACCAUGGCUGCUGCCGCCGCCGCAACCUCCUCCUACUUCUUUGGGACCCGCAUUUCCGACCCGAAUCCGAGCCUCGGGCGUUUCCAAGCCCUGUUCGGCUUCAAAGCCAAGAAAUCACCUCCCCGGAAGCCCGCCCCGAAAAGGCCGGAUGGGGAAAGGCUGGUCUGGUACCCGAGGGCCGAGCCGCCGGAGUGGCUCGACGGGACCAUGGUAGGGGACCGGGGCUUCGACCCCUUGGGGCUGGGGAAGCCAGCGGAGUACCUACAGUUCGAGCUGGACUCGCUGGACCAGAACCUGGCCAAGAACUUGGCUGGGGACGUGAUCGGGGUGAGGGUCGAUCCGACCGACGUGAAGCCGACCCCGUUCCAGCCGUACAGCGAGGUGUUUGGGCUGCAGCGUUUCCGGGAGUGCGAGCUCAUCCACGGGCGGUGGGCGAUGCUGGGCACGCUCGGCGCGAUCGCUGUGGAGGCGCUCACAGGGGUUGCAUGGCAAGAUGCCGGCAAGGUGGAGCUCGUGGAGGGAUCGUCCUACCUGGGCCUUCCGCUGCCGUUCUCGCUAACAACAUUGAUAUGGAUUGAGGUGAUAGUGAUGGGGUACAUCGAGAUCCAGAGGAACGCGGAGCUCGACCCGGAGAAGCGGCUCUACCCGGGUGGAUACUUCGACCCACUCAGCCUCGCCUCGGACCCGGAGAAGAGGGAGAAUUUCCAGCUGGCCGAGAUCAAGCACGCCCGCCUCGCCAUGGUCGCCUUCCUCAUUUUCGGCCUCGAGGCCGCCUUCACCGGCAAAGGCCCGAUCGCCUUCGUCGCCACCUUCAACAAAUGAGCCCACUCAACCUCGUACUCCACACGCACCCCGCUGCCCUUAAUUGAGCCCAACCCUCGUGUCGUUCCUUUGGCUUUCUUUUUGGGUACGAUGAUCAAGUUGUAAAAUGAAAAUGACUAUCAUGUUGUCCCGACUUAGUUGGACAUGUUAUGAGGUGGUUAAUACCUGCUUAAUUAUUUUAAUAAUCUUAUCAGUAGGUGGAUUAGAUAGAAUAAGAUACAUUGCCUUGCUUUCCACGCAGUCAACUCCGGCAAACAGCCGCUUGAAAAAGUGUGCUUCUGGGCUGUAAAAACUUGUCUCGACCUUUAUCUAAUUCAAUCUAAUCCCACUACUAAUCAUUCAA